AUGACAGACCUUGCUCCUCUUGAGACUCUGCAAAACCAAUUCCUACGUCGGCUCCUAAUGCUCCCCCUGUGCGUAAGCAACGCAGCCAUGCGACUAGAAUUGAAGAUCGCAUCUUUAGAAACUUGCCUGUGGAAGCAAGUCUUCAAUUAUUGGUUAUCAUUGUGGCAUAGAUUACCAGACCAUUACCUUGCCCAAUGCUUAUGGCGAGAUGAAUUCUCCAGCCUUUGGACCAGUAGAAUUCAUGCCAAACUCCUGAGCUAUGGAAUCACGCCUAUGGAGGCCCGAACCCCAGAUCAAACCACUGCUCAAAGACUGAUCCGCCAAAGACUGGAUGACAUCGAUUUACAGCGAAAUUAUAUGCUGGGGGGAGGUGUUUGUUCGCCCCAGAACAUUGGUAUCACUUUAACUUACUGCGUUCCAUCAUACCUCUCCUCCCUUUCGACUGUUGCCCAUAGGCUGGCCUUCACCAAAGCGAGGUUUAAUGUUUUCCCUCCAAUGCCCUGA